GACUCCCCUCCCCAGAUCACCCAGCAGCCGAGCCAGCCAUCGGAUUUCCUUUCUUCCUCCCCAACCCAAAUCCCUAAACCCCCUCCGAGCCAUGGCGAACCCCCGCGUGUUCUUCGACAUGACCAUCGGCGGCGCCCCCGCGGGGCGCAUCGUGAUGGAGCUGUACGCGAACGAGGUGCCCCGCACGGCGGAGAACUUCCGCGCGCUGUGCACGGGCGAGAAGGGCACGGGCAAGAGGGGGAAGCCGCUCCACUACAAGGACUCGGUCUUCCACCGCGUCAUCCCCGACUUCAUGUGCCAGGGCGGCGACUUCACCGACGGCAACGGCACCGGCGGCGAGUCCAUCUACGGCGCCAAGUUCGCCGACGAGAAGUUCGUGCGCAAGCACACGGGCCCCGGGGUGCUCUCCAUGGCCAACGCCGGGCCCAACACCAACGGCUCCCAGUUCUUCAUCUGCACCGUGCCCUGCCCCUGGCUCGACGGCAAGCACGUCGUCUUCGGCCAGGUCGUCGAGGGGCUCGACGUCGUCAAGGCCAUCGAGAAGGUGGGCUCCCGCGGCGGGUCCACCGCCAAGGUGGUCAAGAUCGCCGACUGCGGCCAGCUCGCCUAGAUCCGCGCCGAUCUGGCCCCGGCCGCCCUCCACCCGCCUUUGUCGAGCCCCCAUCGUCCCCUUCCAUCCGCUCCGAUUCGCGCUGAAUAAGAUGACGGUGAUCUGAGAGGUGCUUCUUCUGAAUUGAGUCGUGUCGUUUGUCGUGUGUUGUGCUGGCGGUGUCUAGGGUUUUAGGUGGCGGAUCUGCGAAUCCGAUGGGUCAUGGAUGGAUGGUGUGUCUGCCUAAUCUGUGGUAUGAUGAAUUGAUGAUGAUGCUACGAGAACGGAAACUUGUUUCGGAAUUU